UAACGACCGUGCAACCAAUUUAAGAACGGCGGCGAUUCGCUUAACGAAGGUGGCGGGAAAAGUCGUAAAACGGGCCGAAACCACUGAAUUUAUCCCUGAGCAACCUCCACGUCGGGCUCCGUUGCCGUCGUGCGUUUCCGAGAUGUCUUCCUUGGUUUGGUUCCACCUGCUGCUAGUUUUGCCCUGUUUCGGCACCUCCUCAAGGACUUGCUUCCCGAGAUGCCACUGCGAAGUGGAGACCUUCGGCCUCUUCGACAGCUUCAGCCUGACCAAAGUGGACUGCAGCGGGAUCGGGCCCCACCUCGUGCCUGUCCCCAUUCCCUUGGACACCACCUACUUGGACUUAUCUUCCAACCGCCUGGAAGCCGUCAACCAGUCCAUGUUAACUGGGCCCGGUUACACCACUCUCGUAGGCCUCGACUUGAGCGACAAUAAAAUCUCCACGGUGGACCCCACCACUUUCUCGAGACUCCGGUAUCUGGAGUCUUUGGACCUGAGCCAUAACUCUUUGGGGGUCAUCCCCGAGGACUGUUUCUCCCAGUCCCCUCUGGGAGAAGUGGACCUCAGCAACAACGUUCUCUUGGAGGUCACCUUGAACGUCUUCGCCUUCAAAGGUCAAGGGAAACCCAUCAAUGUUGACCUUUCCAACAACUUGAUCAGCCGGGUGUCCAGAGUCUCGGAUAAACCCGUCCCUAACAUUCAAAGCUUAAAUCUCUCGGGGAACCGAUUAACCAGCAUUCCGGAUCUUCAAGGGAUCCCCCUUCGUUACUUGAACCUGGACGGAAACCCGGUGUCCACCGUUGAGAAGGACGCCUUCCUGGGCCUGAAAGGGUUAACCCACUUGUCCUUGAGCGGGAUUCAACAUCUCUUGGACAUUUCGCCUUUUGGCUUCAAGGACUUGUCUGCUCUCCAAGUGCUGGACCUAUCCAACAAUCCCAACAUGAAGUUCUUGAACCCCAAGGUGUUCUACAGCCUGAGCUCUUUGCAAGAACUCAACCUGACGGGGACGGGGACCACGUUCUCCAAACCCAUGUUGAGAUACUUGCCUUCCAUCAAGAGUGUGGCCUUGGCCAAGGACAUCCAGUGUCUCAAGACCAUCCAGGAAGGCCACUACCACCGAGAAGCCGGACCGAGCAAGAAAGAGGUCUUGCGAUGUCACAGUAGCCACGGAUCCGUGGCACCGUACGUGUUGUGACCAAGGACCGAGCCUCCGCACGAUGAGACUUUCUUUAAAAACAAAAACAAAAAAACAGCCACGAAUGUGCCUUCCGUACAAACAUUUAAUUUAUACCUCCUAUUUUUUGUAUAUCUCAACUCU